UGCUCAGAGUUCUGGAACCACCAGCUCAUGCUGUCCCCGCGUCUUCAUGUGUCACCAGGACCCUGAGCCAGCACACCUGGGUCCCCCCAUCCUUGCUGUGCUGGCAGCCUGGCAGCCCCUCGCGAGCAGAGUGACAGAUGGCGAGUCUCUCUUCCCUCGGGAGGGCAAUCUCUCCGAAUGCGGGCGCAUGUCAAUCACCGACCCUCAUGUGAUGGCUCUUACCAGUGACGUGCCAACCAUAUGGCCUGGCAUCAUGGCUGUGCCACCAUGUUGACAAGGUUAUUCAGUGACCCUUCUCUGCUGCCUGAAGUUCAUAAAUUCUCAGGAUGGGUGGAUGAUAGCGGCAGUGAAGACUCCAAGACCAAAGAUGAUGACCAGGAACACUGUCAUUUGGGCUUGGACGAUUUGGAGGAUGGGGACAUUAGAGGAGGGAGCAGUCGUGCACAGUCUGAAAUAGCUGUGGAGGAUGAGGAAGAUGAAGAAGUUGAAGAGGAAGAUGGGGGAGAUGAGAUUGAAGGAGAUAGACCAAAAAAACGGGGCCCGAAAAAGCAUAAGAUGACCAAAGCGCACAUGCAGCGCUCUAAGGUGCGCCGUCAAAAAGCCAAUGCACGAGAAAGAACACGCAUGCAUGACUUGAACUCAGCAUUAGACAACCUGCGCAAAGUGGUGCCGUGUUAUUCCAAAACGCAAAAACUUUCCAAGAUAGAGACCCUCCGGCUAGCAAAGAAUUACAUCUGGGCCCUGUCUGAAAUCCUUCGCAAUGGUAAAAGACCAGAUGUGGUAUCCUAUGUUCAGACUCUGUGCAAAGGCCUUUCCCAACCUACUACAAAUCUAGUAGCUGGUUGUCUGCAGCUUAACUCCCGGAAUUUCUUAACUGAGCACUGCCAGGAAGGGGGGCGCUUCCAUGGACCCAACUCCUCAAUCUCCAUGCACCCCUAUGCUUACCAGUGCUCUCGUCUCUCAAGCCCCCAGUGUCAAUCUGGCUCAAACCCACAUUCUUUAAGAAAUCAUGUGUACUGUUCAGUGUACGACCCGGGCUACACUGGGAGCGGAUCUCCAGAGUACAACAGUCCAGAUUAUGAAGGACCCCUCAGCCCACCAAUAUGCAUCAACGGAAAUUUUUCUUUAAAACAACAGGAGUCAACCUCACCCGAUGCAGAGAAGAGUUAUCACUAUUCUAUGCAUUAUUCAGCCCUUCCUACUUCGCGACCUGCCACUGCCCACAAUUUCGUGUUCAGCUCUUCAGGAUUGCGCACCGGCGUCCAUUCUGAAAACGUACUGCCUUAUCACGACAUGCACUUGCACCAUGAAAGGGCACCUGUCUAUGAAGAACUGAAUGCCUUUUUCCACAACUGAGUAGCGGACCCCAUUCCCUAUUAUGUGAACAACUGAACCAUUAAACUCAUGUUUUAAAAGAACUGUAACCAUGUUUCACCCUUGGUCUUUGCAUAUUUUAUUUAUUUAUUGUUUGUUUGGGGAUGUGAUGUAUGGUUUCAUUUAUUUUGUUUUUAGCUGUGACAAUCCUGAGCUGUCAUGUAGUGUUCAGUUUGGGAUAUUAGAAAAAAGAAGUUAUUUUAAAAUCUGCAUACAUAUGAAGAGAAGUAAUCAAAUACCAGACAUUUAAUAUUUGGUUGUGUAUAUAUAAUUGAGACUUUUUGAAUUUGAGAAUUUGAAUUAUGGAAUUGACAAUUUGCCUUGAAAAAGCAAGAAAACAUUAUUGACCUUGGCACAAGAUACAUAAUAGCAAGUUGCUGGAAUCCACCUAAGGACUCAACAUCUAAGGCAAGGCAUUUUACUCAUAAUUAUACUACUGACAGAAUAUGGGAAAAAAAUACAUCACAGAAUCACAGAUGCUGCUGAUCACCUACAUGUAUACUUUCCACAAAUUGAAAAGAAUAAGCUGUGAAAUGUCACAGGUCAUAUCUCCUGGGUUCUGGAGUUAAUCAAUACAUACAUUGAGUCAAUCAAUACAUGAUAAUGUGCAGUCUGUAUCUUUACUAUUUUUAUUUACUUUAGUUGAAAUUUCCAUACCCACCAUCAAGAGAUGAAUAAAGUAAAUCAGGUCAAAGUAAUUACCCAAACAUUUCACAUUUCUCAGUGCUAACUGAAUUAUUAUUAUUAUUAUUAUUAUUAUUAUUAUAUUCAAAAUAAUGCCCGAUAUUCUUAGUUUCAUAUAAUUUGUUGAUCAGAAAAAUUGUAUCGGUGCUAUGACAGGCAUACAAACUUGCUAAAAGAAUGUUUCAUAAUUUUGUUCCUCUAAAAUGUAAGAAAAUGACUUCACAUUUUCUGAUACUACCUAAUGAUUUUGUUUCGGAAUGCUGUUUAAAUUUAAGCCCGUGUAAAAAUCUACUUCGUAAAAUGUCCUUUCUUACGGAUAUUCGAUGGGAAUUAAAAUGCAUAUCUCGUCAACAA